UCCUAGGUUUUGUAUAAUGUAAAUCUUGUAUUUUAUUUCUUCUGACUGAGCAUAAUAGGUCGGUGACCGCGAAAAUUAUUUCGGAUUAUAAAAUGUUCGAAACUAUAGUACUCAUUAAAGAUAAAACCGCAUGAUCGCCUGUAAUCGGCACUACGUACUACGUAUUACUAGCUAUUAUCACUCAAUUUUUUUCUCUCUCUGCUAUCAGUAUUAUUAUUAUAUUUAUAAUUAGUCGAUUCCUGGUCAUACGUUCGUCGUUAUCUCACAUAGUUACAUGUAUCGGUCGAAUGUGUGCCGGCCACUUACGACCGCAUCACGUUAUCACUUCACUUAUGUGUCGUGAACUUGAAGAAGAUGUUGUCCGGUCAUUACGCUGGGAAAUUAAUUAAUUCAGAUUAAUUUUCUUUUAAGAAUGUUACAACAAGUGCAAACCCGAAAGUGCCCUAAAAUGUGUAAUUUUAAUGGAUAACAGUGGCAGUUUGUCGAUGUCAAACAAUAAAAAUACAGUGAAAAAAAUAUGUGUACGUGUAGUGAAAUUAAAAUCUCUUGCUUUGUGGAUUUCGUUUGAAUACAGUGUUUCCCACAUCUUUCAAUUCUAAGCAAUAGUAGAUUAUAUUCGAACAUACUACGGAAAUAAAAGUGGUUUUAAAAUAUUAACGCAUUAUCCAACAUUUAAAUGCAUACAUACAAAGAUUCUCACAUAAAUAGUUAACCAGUCCACACAAUCAGUUUAAAUGAGCUGAGGUCGCUCCAAUAGGUAAUCUUUUAUCCGGUUAUUAAACCACAAAAGAUCGUUCCGAGGAGUCCUAAGACCAUUUGAAUGUGGACGCCGUACCGUGACGGUCACAAAUAAGGAGUAAUCACCCUCAAAUUUAUUAAAUAACCAGUCGAAGUAGUUGCACGUUAUCAGUGUGAUUUUGGUUAAAUUUGAUGUUUUGAAUUUUAUCUAAAAAAAAAAAUUGGAAAUUUGAAACCAAAACUAGAAAAAAAGACUUCGUUUUUGGAUUGUUAUGUGCUAAGUGCUUUUGUGUAUUGGAUUUUUAAACAUAUUUCUGGAAAUUUAAAGUAGUGCGAAAAUACUUUUUUGGUGUAAUUAGAAACAAAGUGAUUUUGACCGGUAACUGCAUGAUCGGGUAGUGCCCUUGUUUGAAGCUAGAAUUGAAAAGAAUUGGCACACAUUUGAGAUCGCGGCGGAAGCCAAGAUGCUGCCAAGCAAGCAUGAGGUCACGAAGGUGCUGCGGUAUACGCAUGGAAGCCCGGCGCGGUGGUGAUCUCGCGCUGCAGCCGCUGCGCGCGCAGUACCGUCGCGCUCUAUCGGAAUGGAACGCGCGCCCCUCUCGCCGCCGUCGGAGCUCAAGAACGAUCGGUCGGUCCAAGGAGGACCCUGCGAAACCGGAGACGCGGCGCCGCAGCCGGCCCUGAGCGAGACCCGCGUGCUGCCCGCCAUCCCCGAGGCCGAGCCGCUCUUGCACGCCCCGCGUCGAGCUCUGCACGUGCAGUUCGACGCGCACUGUCCGCCCGCACCAGUCUCGCUCUCCUCUUCAGGUUCUUCCUCCUCUUCCGACGAUGAGGACGUCUCCAUCACAGAGGCACGUCCUCCCGACGGCGGCUGGGGCUGGGUCAUCGUCUUCGCCUCCUUCAUGGUCAACCUCAUCGCGGACGGUAUCACCUUUAGUUUCGGUGUGUUCUAUCCGCACUUUCUUGACUACUUCGGCGAGGGAAAAGGCAAGACCGCAUGGAUCGCCGGUAUUUUCAUGGCGAUGCCGCUUCUUUCCGGCCCGAUUGCCAGUUUUCUGACGGACAGAUACGGCUGCAGACGUGUGACGAUCUUUGGUGCGAUUCUGGCGGCUGCUGGAUUUGUUAUAUCCGCUUUCGUGGAUAAUAUGGAGACUUUGUUCCUGACCUUCGGCAUAAUGGCCGGUUUUGGAUUGAGUCUGUGCUACGUGGCUGCAGUGGUUAUAGUCGCGUAUUAUUUUGACAAGAAGCGCUCUCUGGCAACCGGAAUAUCGGUUUGUGGAAGCGGCAUUGGAACUUUCAUAUUUGCGCCGCUGACAAACGUGAUGCUGGAUGAGUACGGUUGGCGCGGAACCACUCUGAUCUUAGCCGGCCUAUUUUUGAACAUGGCCGUGUGUGGUCUCUUGUUCAGAGACUUACCUUGGACCGCCACAAUGAACGAAGAGAGAGCAAAAGAACGUAAACGCAGAAGAGAGAUAAAACGUAACAAACGAUUCGGUUCUUCGGCUGACAGUUUCUCUGACAGCAAGAGCAGCGCCGCGGGCUCAACCAAAAUGGCAGACAGCGUUAAAAUUGAAACCGUGACUUCACCAAUCGUGCCCCAAUUUAGUUCCUUGGUAGACCUACCGACAUUCAUGACGGGCGGUGAAGGAGUUUCCUUAGAAGUUUUCGAACUAAUGUCAAAUAGAGGUCGUGCUUACGCAAUUCUGGCCCAAAACUACCCUGGAGUGAUGUUGCCCUCUAGAAGCUUUAGCGACAGCGGCCGAUUGCACGAGCAGUCCCCUCCAAGGACAGUCAUGUCCCCAGGAAUUACGUCACCUGGUAUUCUAACACCUAUCGCACCUCCGACUCAAGAGAACACCACGGUGAAUGAUAAAGCAGCUUUGUCCCUAUGGUUGAGGCGUCAAGCGACAGGAUCUACUAAAAAGCCUCCAGCGUUUUUGAAGGAUCUGCGGGUUCAUCGUCAUUCUUUAACGUACAGAGGGGCGAUGCUGAACAUCAACAGAUACAGACUGCGUGCUUCCUCGUGUCCCAAUAUCUUCAGGAAUUCUAUGACGACCAUAGCUAAAGAAAAAGUUCAAUGGUACGCCGGUCUCUGGGACUUCUGGGACCUGGCCGUGGACGUUUUAGACUUCUCCCACCUUCAGAACCCAGCGUUCCUGAUCUUUGCCAUAUCCAACUUCCUCCUGUACAUGUGGUACGACGUGCCGUAUGUGUACAUAGCCGAUAAUGGCAUGAUUAUGGGCUUCAAUGAGUCCCAGUCUUCUAUGCUGAUUUCCGUCAUAGGGAUCCUCAAUAUGUUCGGAGAGAUACUGCUGGGCUGGGUGGGUGAUUGGAAGUGCGUGAACCCUGUCCUGGUGUACGCGGGGUGUAUGCUGCUCUGCGGCCUGGUCACGGUGCUGAUGCCUCUCCUGACUUCCUACCUCAGUCUGGCCGCGGCGGCCGGCGCCUUCGGAGCCUUCAUCGCAGCCAACUACUCCCUGACCAGCAUCAUACUGGUGGAACAAAUAACCCUGGAGAAGUUCACAAACGCCUAUGGGUUGCUACUGCUGAUGCAGGGCGUGGCGAAUUUGAUAGGACCGCCUUUAGCCGGCUGGGUGUACGACAUGACAGGCUCGUACGACCUGUCGUUCUACCUGGCCGGGGCCUUCAUCGCGGCCUCGGGCCUCAUCCUGCUCGUGCGCCCCGCCUCCCGCUGCCGCGCGCCGCACCCCCGCGAGCUCCCCCGCGAGCCCCCCCACCAGAACGGGAAGCUUGUCGUGUGAUUUUGAAAUCAGAACGCCGAUAUGGCGAUCGAUCGAACACACGAUUUUCAUCUGUAUUGGGUCGCGAUAAGGAUCAAAACAGCUCGAGAUGUAGCGGACGGAAUUUUUUUUUAAGGGAUUUUAUGACCUGGUAACUAAGACCUUUAAGUCAUGUAGUAUUUUAAUUUAUAUUCUUAUUGUUAUGAAAAAUGAUAAUAUGGAGUGAAAUCAAAUGAAAUGAAGAUGAUUAAUUUGAGACAUUAAUCAACUGGGAUGAUAUUAAAUGAAAUGAGAUGAGAUGAAAUAUAAUCUCAGUAAAAUGGUGGCCAUUUACUAAGAUUUUUUCAGUGGACUUUUUGGAGGAUCCCGAGAAGUUACGUUCAGCGGUUUUGUUUCAUUUUCCCACAUUUGUGCACUAACACAGAUAUUAAACAGUUAAUAAACCACCGUUAUUACACAUUUAAACCUGAAGAAACAUUAAAUAGACAAAAUAAAACAAAUCACACAACUUCACUCCUCGCGUUCCCGCCAAAAAGUCCGCUGUGAAACACAUUCGAAUGUGUUUGUAUAGAGCUGCGGCGCGGAGCAGCGAGCACACAAGUGAGAUCUGAAACCGUUGCCUUAAAAGAUAUUGUGUAAUAGUAAUUUGGAGUCUAUUCGCUUUAGGAUAAGGUCGAAUUAGCUUAAGAUCGUUUUAAAAUAUCUACGUCUAAGUAUUCGGUUACAGUAUGAAAGGUAUUUUUAAAAUAAGCGCUGCCAUAAAAUAAAUGUAAUGCUGCCUAUUAACAUGUUUGCUGAAAACGACACAAAGUUGAACGAAGGAGUUGUUUACAGUUAUGUACGCUUUGUCACUAGAUGUCGCCUGACUGUAGAUUAUAUUAGUUUUGAACACGGAAGGAGAGAUGGCGCCACUAGGAUGAAAAAAGCACUUAAAAAAAGAAUUUAGCGUGUUUAUUCGAAAUACUACUUUAGGGAGAGAAAGAAAAAGAGAGAGAGAAAAACCCAUCGAAACUAAUGUGCCAUUUAUAAUAAUUAUAAAAAAAUUCAGUUAUGUAAACACCUUAAAAUUAGAAUGUCCGAAGCCUUACUUUAAAAUUUGCCGUAAUGAAAUUCGUUCCAAUUAAAAAAACUUUCCCAAAAGGAAUCAAUUACUCGAUAAUCCAGCUACCUUCGCGUUCAGACAGCAAAAAUUAGAUUUCAAUUAAUACUUUUUGUUAGAAAUUGUUUGAUUUCGGCAUCCUAUGGUCCCGGUCUUACGUACUACGAGACGACUACAGUUAUUUUUCCCUACCUAUGCUGAUAGCCUUGAGAGGCAAUUUCAGCUUCUCCUUGACCUGUAAGUGACCUCACGGGGCUCAAACCGGAGAGUUGCUAACACUGACCCUAGCAAGAGCAGUGCUGCGCAGAAUCUACUACCGGAUCGGAAACGCGACCCACUGAGAAGAUCCGGCGAGAAACUUAAUGGACUGUGUCUGUGGGUUAAUUUACUCGUCGAGCCCUUCGUCGCAAGCGACGGGUUCAUUUUGAUGGAUUAAAAAAUGAAAUAUAUCCUUCAAUAUUACAACGCUCAUUAUUCAUUAUACAUUAUUCAGAAAAAAUACAAAGCUUAGUUUUAGACUUAAAGUUUUUAGAUAGUUUGUUUACGAGAACUCACGGUUGCUAACCUGUUUGCAAUGUUAAUGUCAGCGCCGUAAAAAUAGUAAUUCAAUGACAUUUUGUGUCAGAACUGACAGCUGUCAUCGCGACAUCGCUAGUUCUAGAAACGGCUUGGAUUAUUGUAUUUUCAUAGACGAACAUAUUCCAUUAGUCAUUAAGGACGCACCAAAGUCGCUUAAAAUCAUUAGAAUUUUAAAGAACGAGAGAAUAUAUUUAGCGAUUCGUAAUUAUUGUAAAGUUGUAGUGGAUACUACUCGAUCUUAACUGUUAAGGCGAACUCCGCUACUGCUCCAACGAGACAGUGGGAACUUUGUUUUUGUAUGGUACGUCUGUUGCUUCGUUUUUGUUGGAAGGUCGUGAUGCUGUCCACGUAUGUCUAUGAUGCAGUCUAUGAUGCACUGUAUUUGAAUUUGAAUUAUGUUCCUUUUUUUUAUGUGCGGUGUCAUUCUAAAAUAUUUUUUUUCUCAUAUACUUUUAACUAUACUUGAGACCUUAGAACUUGUAUCUCAAGGUGGGUGGCGCAUUUACGUUGUAGAUGUCUAUGGGCUCGAGUAACCACUUAACACCAGGUGGGCUGUGAGCUCGUCCAAACAUCUAAGCAACAAAAAAAAAUACAAGUAAACAGAAUGUUUCAAGUAUUUUUACGUUUUAAUUAAUUGCUAUAGCCGCUAGUCCACCCUAUCAGUUUUGUGACUAUUGAAUCGAAAGCUUUGAAGAGUGCCGAUAUAAUUGAGAUUGUGGAUUUGUGAUGUUCUUAAUAAUGUAUUUGUUUUUUUCGAAAGAAAGUGUCUUAACAUCAUAAUUUGUAUCAGUUUGUAAACGCGGGUCGCGACCGGCGGGCACACACAGUCUGAAACUGAAUUAAAUUGUGCUUAGAUCUAAUGACGUCACAAUGUUAUUAAUCGUAUGUUAGAAGAGAGCGCUUUAUAGCGGUCCGUGACGUCAUAUGUUAGGUGCGUCACAUAGAACGGUCUGUGACAAAAGGGAUAAAUCGAUCCCCCACUCCCGCCAUCGCGCAUCGUGUUUCUGUGCCUGGACCGCGCAGGUGAGGUCCGCGGGCCGCGCCGCUACAGGAAUUACCGUAGCGAACGGGUAGUUUAAUAGUAAAAUUGUAGCUGUUAAUUGUAAACGUUAUGUUCGGGUUUUUUGUUUUUUUUUUUUAAUUAAAUGUUUCCCUUUGUGUAUUUACUAAUUAAGAAUGACAAAAUCUAAAAUAGCUAUGUAAUUUAGGGAUUUAUCGUAGCAUAGAAAAAAAAUUACCUCAUUAGUAUUAUAAGGGAAAAUAUCUAAGUACUGUUUUGCAAUUUAAAUAAAUUUACUUUUGGAUUAAGUCUAUAGGUAACUACUGCCUGCCGUCAGCUGGACAUUUCGUUGGCUGCAGUAAAAUCUCGCACUCAUUUUAUAGAUUUUAUUAUAGUAUUGAAAACGUUUUGAAAAUUGCGCACUACCUGUGCUCACAUUUGCGUAAAAGAAAAAAAAAAUUGUGAAACAGAUCUUAAAUCAUUUAUAUUAUACGAAAAUAUAUUCAUUUUUUUUCCUGA